AUGAAGGAUCCUGCAAUUUCCACACUCGACAAUAUCCCACAGACUAAAGUACCAGGAACAGUCCGUCUGGUCGAUCUCAAUCACACCUUGAACGAUCCCCUCAACUGGGCUCCGCGCAGGAAGCUGCUCUCAACAAUUUGUGUGAUGGCGCAUACAUUUUUUAAAGGAUUGUCUACCUCCUCGAUCUAUGCAGUGGUGGUCCCUCUGUCGAAAGAGACUGGCGUACCAGUCAAGACACUGAACCAGGGAACCGGUUAUCUCUUCCUGCUUCUGGGUUGGGGGCUACUCUUCUGGCAGCCUUUCGCCCUGAGAUAUGGCAAGCGUCUCACGUGUCUACUCUCCAUGCUUGGUACCAUCGCCACUUGUCUUUGGGCUGGCUCUAUCUCACAAUAUGCUGGUUGGCGAUGGGUGUUCUACGUCCCAGCAAUCCUUCUUUCAGCUGUCUUUCUCUUCGUGCUCUUAUGUAUGGAGGAAACCAACUACUUUCGGGAGUAUACUGGCUCUGCAACACCUGAAGAAUACGAGCUCGACCACGCGAUCCCUACCUCAGACUCAACCAUUGAGAAGCAGGGUAGUAUCCAGCGUGCCGCCUCUCGUCCCUCGAUACGGAUUGGUCAAAUUCACGCUUCGAAGAAAUCUUAUUGGCAAAAGUUAUCCUUGUGGACUCCAAAACCCGGUCCUGGCUUCCUACAAACAGCAAUUCAAAGUUUGUCGUUUCUCAGCUGGCCCGUAAUCUUCUACGCAGGAUUCUCGAACGGCUUAUACCUGAUCUGGUCAAACUUGCUCAAUGGAACCAUCUCUCUCAUUUUGACGUCUGCGCCAUACCAUUUCACUACUUCCAUGGUUGGGCUGAGCUAUUUGUCGGGUUGCAUUGGUGUUAUUCUCGGAGGUCUUGCGUUUGGACAAGUCAGUGACUGGCUCGCGCUGAAGCUCGCUCGUCGCAAUAACGGUAUCAUGGAAGCUGAACACCGUCUGUGGCCUUUCUGUGCAACGAUGCUACUCGUGCCAGGAUCGUUGCUUCUCUGGGGCAUCGGUGCGGCUCACGGUAUUCACUGGUUUGCACUGAUUGUCGCUUUCGGUCUCGUGGCUUUCGCUGUAGCACUUAGUGUGUCCAUCUCCGUCAACUACAUGGUCGACACAAUCACCUUGGUCAUGCUUGUUCGCAACACGAUGUCCUUUGCUAUGGGCUAUGGUGUGACUCCCUGGGUUCAGGGCCUCGGUGUACAGAACUGCUUCAUCACCGCUGCUGCGGUCAGUAUUGUCACAUCGACAAUGGCUUUCGUCUUCUUGAAGUGGGGUGAGAAGUUCCGUGAGUGUAGCGCAGCGUCUUAUUAUAACCUAGUUGACAAGCGAGCCGGAUGA